AUGGCUGUUGCCUCAAUGAAGAGCCUCCUAGGCUUGGCCCUGCUACACUCCGCUGCAGCUGUUGGGCCGUCUGAUAUCAGAACCGAUCCUGGUGUUUCUGGCCCACCACUCGAAAUCGUGCACUACUUCACCGGACAAUGGCCUACAGGCAUUGCAGUCUCGGCGAAGGGCCGCAAGUUCGCAUGCUAUCCUGCUGGCCUUGAUAUCGCCAACACCUAUAAUGGCCUCAUACCGACAAUGCAAGUGGGAGAGCUCACUUCUGAAGAUUCGGAAACAGCUUAUCCAAAUGCAACAUACAAUAUGAGUCCUGGCGGAGCAGUGAAUCGACUCAGCAUCCCACCAGUCACCAAAGGUGAUCGCGACCAUCUUCUCGGCGUGCAAAGCGUGAUCGUGGACUCGAAGGAUACUCUUUGGAUCCUUGACACAGGUCGUGUACAAGAUCUCUCUAAUCCUAUCUCUCCAAUGCUCCGAGCAACAGUUCCGGGAGGCCCCAAGCUCGUCAACAUCGACCUCAACACGAACCAGAUAGUCCAAACCAUCAUUUUCAACACCGACCUCGUGAAACCUGACUCCUACCUCAACGACGUCCGCAUCGACCGUAACCCCAACCUCUCCAACACAAGCGGCAAAGGCGCAGCGUACAUAACCGACUCCUCCGUCGAAGGCAACAACGCCAUAAUCUUCGUCGAUCUCGGCACAGGCAAAGGCACCCGUCUCCCUCUCCGCGAAACAAAAGCCAUCUUCGGCUCCGUUCCUUACGUCUGGGGUGAACCAAUGUAUCAAAUCACUGGUCUUACCUCAGCCAUCAAACCCAGCUAUAUCACCUUCGGCAGCGACGGAAUCGCCAUCUCUCCAGAUGGAUCCACACUCUACUUCUCCGUCAUCGCCGGCCGAUUCCUCUACAGCGUCCCAACCGCCACUCUCCGUUCCGGAAACCUCGCAAACGCACAAUCUGCCGUCAAGAAUCUCGGUGAGAAGGGGAUUUCCGAUGGCCUCGAGACUGAUUCGAACGGCGUUGUCUACAACGGACAAGUGGAGAAUAAUGGUAUCACGAUGUAUAACCCCGCCACGACUUUCUCGACCAUGUUUGUCCGGGACCCGAGAAUCAAUUGGGUUGAUACGAUGUCGAUUGCGGAGGAUGGGUAUUUGUAUUUCACGGUGAAUCAGUUGAAUUAUUUGAAUGCGAUUUAUCCGGGGCAGGGGUUGCCGUUGGUGGAUAGGAGGAAGAAGCCGUAUGUGGCGUUUAGGGCGAAGUUGCCGAAUGGGGGGACGAAGAUUCGUUAG